CGGUCAGUGUCAGACACUCCGCACUGUCUGUGCAGGACAGGGCUGUGCCACCCGGGCCCUUCCCACCGGGGCAGUGUGGUCAGCAGGCGGCCUCCAACUGCCAGCCCGUGGGAGGCGCUGGAGCUUCUGGGGCUGGGGCCAUCGUGGCUCCAAGCUGGGCUCCCUCUGUCCUCACUGCCCCUUCCUCCCUCAAGUGUGUGGCCCAGGGCACCAGACACCUGCCCAGGUUUGGGCUGACCAGCCAGCCCCCGAGAGCCUGGCUGGGCCUGGAGUCGGGAAGUCACCUGGUCCGAGGUUCAGGGUGAGGGGAUGGUGAGGGCGGCUGCACAGUCACUCAGAGUGAAGGCGGAGUCCCCACUGGGCCUGCGGACUCCCAUGGUGUGAAUGGGAUACCCCCUCAGCCCAAUAUUCUGGCUGUUCCUAGAAGGUGCCAGAACCAUCCUGUCUCAGGCCUGGUCCUGUGUGUUCCUUGGCGGGGCUGGCCUCCCCAUGAGCGUCACAGGCCCCCCACCUAGGCUUUGCCUGGCCCCACCUCCCUCGUCCCUCCCCGGUGUGAGGUGUCUGCCGUGUGCCCUGGUCUGGGCACCCCCAGGAAGUCCGCGGGUGGCAGUGGGCAGGGCGCCGCCUCUUUAAGGCGACAUCACAAGGCUGCGGAAGGUGGGGCCCUCGUGGAACUCCGGUCUGGGCUGUUUCUGCGGCGCUGUGGCUCUGGAUUUCCAUCUCCAUGGGGCCACAGGCCCACACGUGAGCAAGGCGUCCUGGUCAUGGCCGAGGGGAACGAGCUGAUGAGCAGGCUCAUGAGCGAGAACGCCGACCUCAAGAAGCAGGUGCGGCUGCUCAAGGAGAACCAGAUGCUCAAGCGCCUGCUGAGCGAGAGCUGCCAGGAGAGCUGCGGCCGCAGCAGCCGGGACCUCCUCUUCCCCAAGGCACCCGCCUACCCUGAGGCAUGCUCCCCCACAACGGCAGUUCCAGAUAUUGGAAGGUUCACCAGCAUCCCGGAGGUGCCCUCCCAGCUGCAGACAUCCUCGCUGGAGGACCUGCUGUGCUCGCACGCCCCCCUCUCCCGCGAAGAUGACACUUCCCCAGGCUGUGUGACUUCCUCCCAGGUGUCCUUCAAGGCUUUCCUCAGCCCCCAGGAGCUGCACGCGUCUCGUAGCACUGACAGGAAGCUGUGCCCACUCCUGAACCCCUUGCAGGACCCACUGGAGCCCAGGGAGAUGACCCGACCCAAGAAGGUGUGCUUCUCAGAGAGCAGUCUGCCCUCGGGAGACAGGACCAGGAGGAGCUACUACCUUAAUGAGAUCCACAGCUUCACCAGCUCGGAGAAGGACGGGCGCAUCGUUGGGGAGAUCGCCUUCCAGCUGGACAGGCGUAUCCUGGCCUACGUCUUCCCUGGGGUGACCCGGCUCUAUGGCUUUACCGUGUCCAACAUCCCUGAGAAGAUCAAGCAGACGUCCAUCAAGUCCCUAGACGGCUCUGUGGAUGAGAAGAAGCUGCGGGAGCUGACACACCGCUACCUGACGCUGAUGGCGCGCCUGGAGAAGCUGGGCUACAACCGCGAGGUGCACCCGGUGUUCAGCGAGUUCCUCAUCAACACCUACGGCAUCCUGAAGCAGCGGCCCGACCUGCGUGCCAACCCGCUGCACAGCAGCCCGGCCGCCCUGCGCAAGCUGGUCAUCGACAUCGUGCCCCCCAAGUUCCUGGGCGACUCGCUCCUGCUGCUCAACUGCCUGUGCGAGCUCUCCAAGGAGGACAGCAAGCCGCUCUUCGCCUGGUGAGCCGGCGCCCCAGCACCCGCCACGCCUUUCCUGCAAUAAACGUGUUUGUUCCAAACCUGGGGGCCAACGUGCCUCCUGUGAGUCCCCUCCAGCGGGGGAAGGGCCAUGUCCAGCGAGGGAGAGCCCAGGGCCACAGGCGGGCACCCUGCGCAAGAGCAGGCACCUUCGUGGACCGGCCGGGCGCACCCAGCGCCCACAGUCCCGCCAGCGCCCACACCUGCGUGGCACUUGUCACACUUUAUUAAAAUCAUCUGUUUACUUGUUUA